AUGUGAAUGUUUGGAAUAAUUGCACGAGUUAGAAGAGACGGCGAAACAGCUGCACGAGCAUUUGAUGAAUGGCAAUUCAAAAAGGAAAUCAAUAAUAAUAAUAACAAUAACAAUCAACGCCUUUUAAGUGUCCCACCUCACAUCUUCCUCUUCUUCUUCUACUUAUAGUUGUUGCUGGUGUUGUUGGAACGUAUGCAAUGUGUUGUUCUUUUUUUUGUUGUUUUUUUGAAUGCAAGUAAAAGAAACAAGAACUAAAAAUAAUAAUAAAAAGAAAAAAAAUUAAUAUAAAAAUAUCGAGAAAUACCAAAUAAAUGAAUAAAAUGUGUAAAGCCAACGAAUGCGCCUUAGCAGCCGCAGCCGCCGCAGCAGCAGUCGAAGAAGCGCCACACAGCGUCGCAGCAGCAGCCGCCAACGCCGCCAACGCGUGGAAAGCAGCAAAAAGCAACGCAUGACCGAACGACGCGGCGACGUUCACAAAAAGCGAAGCAAAGCAAAGCAAAGCGAAACAAUUGCUUCAAACUAAAGCGAGAGAAGAGUGCAACAAAAGAGAGCAGCAAAAAAAGAAAGAACAAAUCGUAUGCAAAACAAAAACACAAAAAGCACACACACGGGAAUAAUAAUAACAAUAAUAAAAGCAAACACAAAAGCAACAGCAAAGCCGUUAGGCAAUAGAGAAUAGCCGUAGAAGUAGAAAAACAAAACGAAGUAACGUGCAAUAACUAAAACAAAAAAAGAAAAACUCAAGCAAAAGGCAAGCAACGCUAAACGCACACGAAGAACGCACCACAAAAAGGAGCGAGCCAGAGAGCGAGUGACAGCAAAACUUGCGGAAAGGCAGAGAAUAAGAAAGGAAAGGAAUAGCAAAAGGAAGGCAGGAAAAUAGCAACAACAACAGCAGGAGCAGUUGAGCUUUCAGCGUUGUUGUUGUUGGUGUUUGUGCUGUUGUUGUUGUUGGUGGCGUUGGUGUUGCCAUGGCCAGCAGCAGCAGCAGCGCAACAAAUGCAGUCAGCAGCAACGCAACUGCGCUGCCUUCACUCUUUGCCGGCAGCAACAGCAACAACAACAGCAGCAGCAGCAAUAAUAAUAGCAGCGGCUGCGCUGCCGCCGUCAACGUCGCGGCCAAAGAUAUGGACGGACUGAUUGCCAUCAAUGAUAGCGCAUUAUCGCAACAAAUCGAAUUUAUACUACAAGAUGCUCCCAUGGAGCAGGAUGACGAGCAGCAGCAGCUGCAACUGCAGCAGCAGCUCAAUAUGGCAGCAGCAGCAGCGACGGCGGCAGCAGCGGCAGCGGCAGCUGCGUCCAAGCUCGACAACCACCCACCGACAACAACAAAUGCAACAAUAACGACAACAACAACAAACAGCGCUUCCGCCUACAUCAACCAUAAUAGCAGCAGCAACAGCAGCAACAACAACAACAACAGCAACAAUCAUAUAAAUAGCCACAACAACAACAGCAGUUUGAGUGUUGAGGAUCAGCAGCAAUUGUUGCUACAGCAGCAUCGUGCACAGCAGCAACAACAACAACAGCAGCAGCAGCAGCAACAUCAUCUGCUGAAUGGCCGUCGCAUUAUCAUUCAAUCGACGGGCAACGGCGCCGGUUCCGUGAUGGCUGCCAGUGACAUCAAGGAGGAGCAGCAAGAGCUCGAGGAUGAGCCCGAGGAUGAGGAGGAGGAGGAAGAGGAAGAUCCAGAGCUUAACGAUGAGAAUCUGCAGGACAUCGAAGAGGAGGCGCAGGCAGCCGAAGCUGAUGAGGAGCCGGAAACGGCGACGCAGCAUUUGCAAACGCAAGUCAAGCUGGAGCUGGACGAGCUGCCCGACGAAGAUGAGGAGGAGGAGGAUGAGGAUGAGGAUGAGCAAAUGCAACAGCAGCCCAGCGCAGCAGCAGCAGCAGCAGCAGCAGCAACAACAACAAAUUGAGGUAAAAAUCAUGGAAAUGGUUCCCAGCAGCUGGUGCUGCCAGCGGGCAGCAUUGUGAGCACCACGACGCGCGCAUUGGCAGUACCGGUGUCGGAGGCGGCGCUGGUGCAGCUGCAGCGGCGUCCCGUCUACAUCAGCAAUGCGACAAUGAGCAGCCUGACGGGCGCCACCUAUGUGCGAAUGCCGGCAGCUGCUGUCAUCAGUCGCAGUCCGAUGACGGUGCUCAAUGUGGUGCAGCAGACGGGCGGACCCACCGCACAGCUCAUACUGCAAACGGCGCAGGCAACGCAGGCGGCGCCACAGCCAACGGCAAAUGUUACGGCAGCUGCAGCGUCGUCGCCCAGCAACGAGCAACAGUUGGCGGCGAUGGCACUAGCACAACAACAACAACAACAGCAGCAACAACAGCAGCAGCAACAGCAGCAGCAACAGCAGCAACAACAACAGCAACAACAGCAGCAGCAACAACAACAACAACAGCAACAACAUCAGUCCAUCAAGCCAGCGCCUGCCACUAGCAAUGUGGCAACAUCAACGACCAGCUAUCAGUGCAUGGAAUGUGUGGAAAAGUUCGAUUCGAAGGAGCUCUUCGACAUCCAUCGCAGCGGGCAUGCCAACAACAUGAAGUGCGCCAUCUGCAACAUGGUACUGAAAUCGCUGAAGAACUAUGAGAAGCACUGUUUACGCUGCAAGCCCUACGAGUGCCAAAUCUGCGGCCGUGUUGUACGCUUUCGUCCCAACUUCAUAAAGCAUAUGCGCGUGCAUACGGGCCAGCAGUCGGAGCGGCACAAAUACAAGUGCGAGGUGUGCCACAAGGAGUUCAUGAGCUUUGAGUACUUUAAGGUCCACAAGAAGAUCCACAAUGAGAACGUAAAUCUCACCUGUGAGAUUUGUGGCAAGGUGUUUAGCGCGUUGGCCUCGCUGCGCGGCCAUUCGAAGCUCCACUCGGGCGUCAAGCUGCACAAAUGCGACGUGUGUGGCAAGGGCUUUGGCCAGCGCUACAAUCUGAAAAUUCAUGCACGCACGCACACGGGCGACUUUCCCUUUGAGUGCAAGGUGUGCAAGAAGAAGCUGCAUACGCAAUCGUCGCUGCAGACGCAUAUGCAGGUGCAUUUGCGUGAUCAGCCCAAAGGCGGCGCUGCCAGCAGCAGCAGCAGCAGCGGUGGCGGCGGCGGCGGCGGGGGCAGCAACAACAACAAUAACAAUAUUAAUAACAAUGCUGUGACAGCAGCAACAGCCAAUGUUAAGCUGGAACCCGAACUGGAGCAGGCCAGCAGCAGUCUGCAGCAGCAGCAGCAGCAACAUCAUCUGCAACAGCAACAGCACGAAAUGGACCUGGACGAUCAGUCCGGGCUGAGCGAUGAGGAGACGGAGAGCGCUGUUCACAAUUUGACCAAUAAUCGUUUAACCACCGGCGAGGACUCCUCCAAUGAGUCCUCAUCGAAUGCCUCGCUACAGCAGCCGCACUCCUCAGCCAGCUCAACGCACUCACAGCAGCAGCAACAACAACAACAGCAGCAGCAGCAGCAGCAGCAACAUCAACAACAGCAAUAUAUUGUAUCCACACCCACGCGCACCAUUGUCAUUAAAAACUAUAUGCAACAGCAGCAACAGCAACAGCAGCAGCAACAACAACAGUCGGAUAAUUCAACCGGCAAUGGCAGCUGCUCGAGCGUGCUGCACACACAGGUCAUACAGAGCGGUGCAGGCACCAGCAACGGCCAUCACAUCAUCAACGCCACCAGCAAUGCCAACAGCAACAGCCAUGCGAACAGCAAUGGCAACAGCAGCAGCAGCAGCAGCAACAGUAGCAACAACAACGGCAGCAGCAGCACAGCCAGCAGCGGCGGCGUCGGUGGCAGCGGCAAUGUUGCAACUGCCGCCAGCAAUCUGGCACAGCAACUGUUGCGCAAAACGCCGAUCAUCCAUUCGACGGGCACGCUCAGCUCAGCGCUGGCCAGCGUGGUGCAGCAAACGGGCGUUGGUUCGCCGGCGCAAUCGCCGUCAUCUUCAUCCACAUCGUGUUCCUCCACCGUGCUGGUGUCCAAGGCGACGGGGGUGCCCCUGUCUAUAGCCUCAUCUGCGGCACUGGGCGGCUCCACAAUAAUACGCAGCACGCGCAAUCAUCAACAGCAGCAACAGCAACAACAGCAGCAACAGCAACAGCAGCAGCAGGCAACGAGCAAUUGUAGCAGCAGCAGCAAUGUGCGUGUUGUAGCUGGACAGCAACAGCCGCGUAAUAACCACCGAAACCACCACCGACGUCGUCAUCUGGCGGAUAUGGACGAUGAUGAUGAUGAUGAUGAUAAUAAUGAGGAGGAUGAGACGAGCGUGCAGUUGCGCACAGCCACCAAUGGACAUCAUCAUCAUCAUCAGCAACAACAACAACAACAACAGCAACAACAGCAGCAGCUAAAUCACAAUCAUAAUCACAACCACCAACAUCAUAAUCACCAACAGCCGCAUCAUCAGCAACAACAGCAGCAGCAGCAGCAACAACAGCAGCAACAUCAUCAUAACCAUCAGCAUCACAAUCAUUUUGAUGAUGAUGAUGAUGAUGAGAAAUCCUCACCGUCCUUGGCCACAGCGGCCAUUAUCAAAGUGGAACCGAAUCUCUAUUCAUCCGGCUCUGGCGAUAAUUCCAACGAUAUGUUCAUCAAAGAGGAAGUGAUGUUCGAAGAUUCCGCCGCACCGCACUCGCCCCAAUCGCCGCCCAGUUCCAAGUUUCGCAUAUCGAAUUUCGAGAAUGAUUUGGUCGACCAUCAUGUGGACCUGAGUCAUUCGCUGCCGCCAUAUGGCAAUCUGUUCGAACCGCACUCCAUACCCGACAGCAUACCCGUGCAGCUCUAUCCGGACGACGACGAUGACUUUCGGCUGGAUCACAGCUCGCUGGGCGGCCUGCACAAUACGUCGUCCUCGACGACCGACGGCGACUUCAUCAAGAAGGAGUGGGUCUAUGGCAGCGGCACGAGCAGCUAUGCGAUGAACGGCAAGUUCGACGAUGACAGUGAUGCCCUCUGCGAUGCGGCCAACUUUAUAUACAAUUGAGUGGAAGCCAAUCGGGAGGAGCGAAUGUGGAGCAGGGAAUGGCAGUGGUUGAGGCGAGUUCACGAUGUGGCCAUGUCGUGCAGCUGAUCCUGAUAGGGCAAUAAGAGGAGGAGAGGCAGAAGCCGGAAUAGAAAGAGAAGGAAGAUGUGGAGCAGGAGGAGCAGCAGCUGCAGCAGC